AUGUACUGGCCGAUUGGGGCACCUCGAGUCUAUGCCGCGAGCAAGCACCAGCUGCCCCAGGAGAAAUUUACAGACUCCAACGACGGCAUCCAACAUGCUGCAACGAGUAAACCCAAUGGAGCUUAUAGCGAGGAAGACACCGAAGAAGGGAAAGAGACGGAGCCUCUUGCUAAUAGUAGCACGGUGAAGCAAGUGCCUGGUCCACUCCAAAGCGAGGUCAAAUCACCUAUAAACGGCGAAGACAAUCCGCAAAAAGCAUAUUCAGAUGAAGAGGGCAUCGCUGGAGAGAUUAUCGGGCUGUGUGUCACACGCAGUGGGCAGACGUUUGGGACCAUCACCCGUUCCACCCUCACAAUCUGGCAAACCAAGCCGGCGGCAGUCCUAGCGUGCGUACUGCGGUCUAAGCAGUCCCUUCAAGCCUACGGCUUGAACGUCGCCCUUCAUGUCCACCCCAACUCCGUGUUCUUCAACAUCCAGACCACCAGGGGUUACAUCAUUACCUAUACGCUCGCUUCAGAUCCUCACGCUCGUGUAUACAAGGCACAGUUCACCGACAAUGCCGUGUCCCAUGCCCGACGGCGGAGUGUUGGAGGCUACAUGGCGCACGCCGGCGUAGAUGCGUAUGUCGGUCCUGGAGAAGGAAACGGGAUCCGUGAGGUCAGCGUCCGUUUCAGAAUGGCAAUCCGGUUGGACGCUGGAAUUGCCAGAGCGCUAGCCCUGGACGAAGAGCUGGUUAUUGCGACUGAAAGGCCGCCGGCUAUACAGUGCAUUCGCUGGACGCCGGACAGUGCGGGAACUCAGACGAGUACGGAGCUGCUCAGUCGCAUGUCGUGGCUUAGCGCCAAAACAACCAUUAUCGACAUGAUCCACGAUCGACCGAUGAACCUGUCUACAUGGGUCACGAGUGACGGCAAAGCUUAUGCUGUGCAGCGACUCACACCGGACUUGACUGAUGCUUCUCAAAAAAGCCUCUUUCGGGGCUAUUGUUUCCACACUCCAGAGUCGGGGAAUGAUUUUGGCGCCGUAGCUGCUGUCAAUGCGCGCUUUUCAAUGCUUGCCAUAGGAUGCGCCGACGGCGACGUGUAUGUUUAUACAGUUCGCGACUAUGUGGGGAAUAUACCGCUGUCUCACAAACUCCGGCCUAGCAGCACGAGUUCAUCGACUGGCAAAUUGACGUUUUUAAGUUACUCUCCGGAUGGAUAUUGUCUCUUCGCAGGGUACGAGAAAGGAUGGAUGACGUGGAGCGUAUUUGGCAAACCUGGCGCAAGUAGCUUUUCAGCGGACCGCUCUAUCUCGGAAGCGAAUGACGAAGGUUGGCUCCUAGGAGUCCGAGAUGGCUUUUGGAUUGGAGGCGGCUCGGAGAUCCUUCUUCUUGGCCGAUGCGACAAUCGCAUCUGGUCUCUGGAAAUGGCUCGCAGUGCUGUCGCGGGCUGUUUCUCUCCUGCGAAUGUUUCUCGCUCCUUGCUCCAGACCAACACCGGUUUCCUAGUAUACCGAGGGUACGAUGUGCCAGAUCUAACUACCAUCUCCGCAGAAGCUUCACUAUGGCACCACGUUCAAAUCCCUGCCAGCUAUCUGGUUGAUCAGUGGCCCAUCAGAAGCGCUGUAAUAUCAAGCGACGGCAAGUACGUGGCGGUCGCCGGUCGACAUGGCUUAGCCCACUAUAGCAUCAACAGCGGCAGAUGGAAGGCGUUUGAUGACUCACUUUUGGAGAAUGAGUUUACUGUCAGGGGUGGAAUGUGCUGGCACCAACAUGUCUUAAUCGCAGCUGUUGAGACAAGCACUUCACAUGAGCUACGGCUGUACUCUCGGGAGAUGGCUCUUGACAGCGGACAGAUGAUGCAUGCGGAGAGUUUACCGGCUCCUAUCGUGCUGAUAUCAACCUCUGGAGACGACUCACUCUUGGUGUACACGUACGAGAACGUUUUAUAUCACUAUGUCAUAAGCGCUGUCCAUGGCUCGGUCAAGCUGGUGCAGGUAGGGCAGAUUGCACUUCACGGGAUCAUUAGGGCGCCGCUCCGCGUACGAGCCUUGAGUUGGAUCUUGCCGGACAGUCAUCUCAUCAAUGGCGACCCUUCACAGGAUGUGGCUGUUGCAACUAUACUCUUCCUUGUGGACGGCAAACUGGUUCUACUUAGUCCUGCUAUGACCGAGGACCGGGUGCUCAAGUACGAGAUGCGCAUCUUGGCCCACAACGUUGAAUACUACGCCCUGAUGCGGGACCAGCCGCAGCUUGAAUUUCAACACCAACAUAAUUCAUGGCCGCCGACUCCUUCAUCGGAUGCCCUGGUGAGCGGAUACCAUGGCCAUGGACUCAAGGAUUCGCUGUGGUUUUUCGAUGGCAACCACAUGCAGGUCUGGAUCGAUGUCCAAGAGACCUUGGCUUCGGUCUCUGCAGAGCUGGGAAGGGAACUGCUGCCUACUGUGAAGAUACCUAUAGAUUUCUAUCCACUAUCCGCCUUACUGGACAAGGGCAUCCUUUUCGGCAUUGAAUCAGACCUUAUCUUGAGGCGGGACAUCAGCUUUGGACAUUUCAGGUUUACGACGAGGACUCACCUCUUCCUUCCGGCAUUGUUGCAGUACCAUCUCUCGCGCUUUGACUCACCCGCGGCGCUACAUUUAGCGCAUCAUUAUCAGCAGUUGGAUUACUUCCCUCACGCUUUGGAGGUCAUGCUGCACAACGUUCUUGACGAAGAGGUGGACACGUCUCCAGCUCCGGAGCAAGCGCUGUUGCCCAGCGUCCUCUCUUUCCUUUCGUCCUUUCCACAGUACCUGGACAUCAUCGUGCAGUGCACGCGCAAAACCGAAGUUCGCUCUUGGCGCACUUUGUUCGCGCACUUGCCGCCGGCACAGGAUCUGUUUGAAGAAGCGCUGCAGAAAGGGUUGCUGAAGACGGCGGGUGGCUACGUCUUGGUGCUUCACACUCUUGAAGAGCUCAGCUCGAGCUCGCACCAGCUUAUACGGUUACUGCGACGCGCCAGAGCAGAGCAGGACUGGGAUCUGUGUAAGGAGCUCGCGCGCUUCUUGAUGGCGCUCGACGAGUCUGGCGACACGCUCAGAGAGGCGUUGAAUCUGGUUGAGCAGAAGUCGCCAGCCGACGAGCGUGGCGGUGACAGAUCGCGCAUGCAAGAUGCCGCUGCAGACAUGGGUUUCUCUCACUAUCAGCGCAACGGCGUGGGUCUCGGAGUUGACACUGCUGGCAGCCCGUCUCCAAAUGGCUUAAGCAGUCCAAGCAGCAGCCGCGAUCCCGCAAGCAGAGGGUCGAACGGAAGGGCGAACCGGGGCGCUGGUGAUUACUUUGGUUCUGUCGUGCAAUAG